AUGGCGUCCUGUCCCGUCCUGCAGAAGGAAAGAGUGUUCCAGUCGGGAGCCCAGGCCUACAGAAUCCCUGCUCUGCUCUACCUGCCAUGGCAGGAGACCCUGCUGGCCUUUGCGGAACGGCGGAAGAGCAAGAAGGAUGAGGACGCAGAGCUGAUUGUCCUACGCAGAGGAAGCUACGAUGCGUCCGCCCACCAGGUCCAGUGGCAAGCUCAAGAGGUGGUGGCCCAAGCCCAGCUGAACGGCCACCGGUCUAUGAACCCGUGCCCCUUGUACGACGAGCACACAGGGACCGUUUUCCUCUUCUUCAUUGCCGUCCUGGGACAGGUCUCCGAGCACCACCAGCUGCACACCAGGGUCAAUGUGACGCGGCUGUGCCUCGUCACCAGCACCGACCACGGGAGGACCUGGAGCCCCGCGAGAGACCUCACCAGCUCGGCCAUUGGCGCGGCCCACAAGGAAUGGGCCACCUUCGCAGUGGGCCCGGGGCACUGCCUGCAGCUGCACAACACGACGCGGAGCCUGGUGGUGCCCGCCUAUGCGUACCGGAACCUGCGCCCCGCCGGGCGGCCGUCCCCCUCGGCCUUCUGCUUCCUCAGUCACGACCAUGGGCGCACGUGGGAGAGAGGGAACUUUCUGGCCCAGGAGACCCUGGAGUGCCAAGUGGCCGAAGUCGAGGCUGGGGGACAGAGGCUGGUGUACCUCAACGCUAGAAGCUCCCGCAGAGCCAGGGUCCAGGCCCGCAGCGCCAACAGCGGGCUCGAUUUCGAGGAGACCCAACCAGUGGAGAAGCUCGUGGAGCCUCCCGGUGGCUGCCACGGGAGCGUCAUCAGCUUCCCCAGGCCCAGCUUGGGCUCAGGCUCCUCAGGGCAGUGGCUGCUCUACACCCACCCGACGGACCCGCGGCAGAGGUCCGACCUGGGCGCCUACCUCCACAAGUGGCCCCCGGCCCCCGAGGCCUGGUCGGAGCCGGCCCUGCUGGCCGCGGGCAGCUGCGCCUACUCAGACCUCCAGAGCAUGGGGACCGGCCCCGACGGGUCCCCCCAGUUCGGGUGUCUGUACGAAUCGGACAAUAACGAGGAGGUUGUCUUCCUCAUGUUCACCCUGAAACAAGCCUUCCCGGCUGAACUCGCGCCCCAGUGA